GGCGACAAAGAACAUCAAGCGACGAAACAGAGCUGCCAAUAAAACGAAGGGCUUUUGACAAACAGCUGAAACAUGAAAUUGCUGUGUAGUGCUUGAAGAUAACCAUUGUUCAUAUGGUGUUUUGCUGACAGUUGUAUUUAAUUUAACAUACUAUUUAUUUUCAUACGUUUUUGUCAUGUCAGUGAACAGAGAAGAAGUUCUAGCCGAUUUUCAGGCGUGUACAGGAAUAGAUGACGUUGCAGAAGCAAUUCUGCAUUUGGAAGAAACUAACUGGGAUCUUUUGGGUGCUAUUAAUCGUGUGAUGCCCCAAGACACACAGACACUGCCGUCAGAAGUGGAUCCUGAUGUUCAAAUGGUGGAAGAAGUGAAACGUCCACGUUCUGUGUCUACAAGAGUUACUCGCGCUAGCAGUUCUAAACUAUCGAGUGGUGCUAACAGUUCUCACCGUUUUCGUAUGCCAACGAGUAUCAGCGCCGAUGUCAUCUCUCUUCCUUCAACGUCUCAUGGUCGUGAAGCCAGAUCACUGAAUUUUCAUGUGUACUUCAGAGAGAGGGAUGCUAAACUCACAGUUUCAGAUACAGAUACUGUUGGUGAACUAAAAAGCACUAUAUUUGCACGUUUGGGAGUGCCAGUGUGUCAGCAGACUCUUCAAGGGUGGAAGAAUAAUCCAAAGUCUGAUUCAGUAACAUUAUCUAGCCUGAAUCUUCCAAAAGAAAACACACUUUAUGUUAUUGUUCCAGACCUUGAAGACGGGUGUACUGCUGCAGAAGAGUCGAAAUUUGUUGAGAGACUGAUUCAGACGUACACUCUUAACAUUCAUGAUCAAACAAAUAAUAAAACUUACAAGCUAAAGUUCUUGGGCUCUAAAACUAUUCUUGAAGUGAAGACCGAUGUGUAUACUCUCACAGAUAUACCAGUGAGGCAUCAGGUGUGGAAAGGUUGGCCACCAAAUGUUGUAAAUGACAAAACGACAUUAGCAUGUUCUGGCAUAAAUUAUCCAUCCCAUGAUUUUGUUUUGGAGCGAGCAGCCUCUACAGCCAACAGUGAUAAGAGAAUUGUUGUUGAUCUGGUGGAGAGUGACAAUAGCUCAGCAGAAGAGUUUGAAGAUGCAUCAGAAACAUUUGCUGUUGAAGACGAUAUCUUCGUUGAUGUUGAAACUAAAAGAAUGCAGCCCUUAAUUCCAGAUAACGUAGAGGAUGAAACUGCUGCCUGCAUUCACUUUUGUGACCAGUUUACAAGUCGUUAUGGUUCGUCACAUCCAGAUUUUUUCCCAGGAUCUUUGGAAGAUGCAAUUAAAGAGGCUUGUAUGAAACCUGCAAAAGAUCGGCGGCUGUUGGCUAUUUAUCUCCAUCACGAUGCAAGUGUCUUGACAAAUGUGUUCUGCACACAGCUUCUAGGAUAUGAAUCAGUUCUGCAGUGCCUGAGUAAUCACUUUGUUGUGUGGGGCUGGGAUCUCACGCACGAAUCCAACAAACAAAAGUUUUUGGCAUCAGUUUCUAAGGCACUUGGGUCAGUUGCCGCAAUGACAAUCCGCAGCAUUGAUGUGGACACACUUCCUGUUUUGAUAAUUAUAAUGCGGAUGAGAUCUACAACAGACAUAUAUACAGUAGUGCAUGGCAAUAUUGGAGUAAAUGAACUACUUACAAGUUUAGUUCAAGCUGUAGAGGUAUUUACGGAGCAACAGCGAAUAGAUGUGAAGGAGGAAGAAGACCGAGCAGCUAGGGAACGUGUUAAAAUGGAGCAGGAUGCAGCUUACCAAGAAUCAUUAGCAGCUGAUAGAGCAAAAGAAGAAGCAAAACGCCGCCAGGAAUUAAUGGAGUCGAAAGAGAAAGAGAGAAAACAGAUAUUACGGCAAGAGAUAGAACUUAUUCGAGAAGCCUACCGUCUUGAAAUAGAAUCUCAGCUGCCGGAGGAACCAGAGGAAGAUUCUGGGGAAGAUAUAACAAAAAUAAGAUUCAGAUUGCCUAAAGGAGAGACUGCUGUUCGUCGAUUUCGGGCACGAGCACCUUUAAAGGUGUUACUCGAUUAUUUAGUGGUGCUAGGUUACCCUCCAGAUGAAUACAAAGUAUUAUCCAGCUGGCCACGAAGGGAUCUUACUGCAUUGGAUCCAAAAAAUACAUUACAAGAACUAAAACUUUAUCCACAAGAAACUGUGAUUUUAGAAGAACGAUGAAAUUUUUCACGAAUAUGCCUUACAAUCUUUUUUUGUGAAGAAUUUUAAGUGGCUGAAAGGAAAGUAUCACGAAUACUUGUUAUGAGGCCAAAUGUCAAUACUGUACAUAUUUAAGCUGGGAACACUCUGUUGCCCAAUAAUUUUUUUGUUUGGGCUAACUUUCAUAAGUACAUAAAAUUAUACUUAGCUAUAAAAUCAUGUAUAUCUGCUCCACCACUUUUUUAUGUAAUGUUAUUUAUGAAACAAUUAGUUAUUUUUUGCCAAGAAAUUUUUGCCAUUUGAA